AGCUUUGAUGGCUAAGGCAUUGCUUCGAUGACGGUCCCUGUCUACAUUGCAGAAGUGGCCCCACCUCACCUGAGAGGCCGCUUAGUGACUAUAAAUACACUUUUCAUCACAGGUGGGCAGUUCUUUGCCAGUGUGGUAGAUGGCGCCUUCAGCUACCUUCCCAAGGGCGGAUGGAGGUAUAUGCUGGGCCUGUCAGCAGUUCCAGCUGUCAUACAAUUCGUCGGUUUCCUUUUCCUUCCCGAAAGCCCCCGCUGGCUUAUUCAGAAAGGACAGACUCAAAAAGCACGGAGAAUUCUCUCCCGGAUGCGGGGAAAUCAAACGAUCGACGACGAAUAUGACAGCAUUAAGAAUAACAUUGACGAGGAAGAAAAGGAAGUUGGGACAGCUGGACCAGUGAUUUACCGAAUGCUGACCUAUCCUCCAACCCGAAGGCAGCUGAUUGUGGGUUGUAGUUUGCAGAUGUUCCAACAGCUGGCAGGUAUUAACACAGUCAUGUACUACAGUGCCACCAUCAUGCAGAUGUCUGGUGUCCGAGAUGACCGCCUGGCCAUCUGGCUUGCUGCCCUGACCGCGUUCACUAAUUUCAUUUUCACGCUUGUGGGAGUCUGGCUUGUCGAAAAAGUCGGUCGGCGCAAACUUACCCUGGGAAGUUUAGCAGGCACAACUGUGGCCCUGGUUGUUUUAGCUUUGGGCUUUUUGCUAUCAGCUCAAGCUUCUCCACAGGUCACUCUUCACCCCGAAAGCCAGUCGGGCCAAAAUUCCACCUGCACAAAAUACAGCAAUUGUAACGGCUGCAUGCUGGAUCCAAUGUGUGGGUUUUGCUACAAACUGAACAAGUCAAGUGUCAUUGAAUCGUCCUGUGUUCUGGUUAGCAAGAAAUCGACAAUGGAAGCCGCUUGGGGCAGAUGCUCCAAUGAAACCAAACUCAAAACUGAAGACCUCUUUUGGGCUUACAACUUCUGUCCAACGCCCUAUUCAUGGACCGCGCUGCUGGGACUCCUAUUGUACCUGGUUUUCUUUGCUCCAGGAAUGGGGCCGAUGCCCUGGACCAUCAAUUCUGAAAUUUAUCCCCUUUGGGCGAGAAGUACAGGAAAUGCAUGUUCCUCCGGUGUCAACUGGAUUUUCAACGUCUUGGUGUCAUUGACCUUCUUGCACACAGCUGAAUAUCUGACCUAUUAUGGAGCCUUCUUUCUUUAUGCUGGAUUUGCUUUCGUGGGACUCAUUUUUCUCUACAGCUGCCUUCCAGAGACCAAAGGCAAAAAACUGGAGGAAAUUGAGUGCUUGUUUGAGACUUCGCUAUGUACAUGCGGCAUUCCCAAAUCGGAGGACGGGAGGUAUAUUGAGUACAUCCGGGUGAAGGGAAGUAAUUACCACCUUUCCGACAACGACGCCUCUGACGUGGAAUAAAUUUCGGCUGCCCAUCGGUUAGAUCUUUCGAAAGCCUUGGUUGAGGAUGCUGAAGGAGCUGCUCUGAAUGAGACCUCACUGGCCUGCUUCUGGUCUGCUUCUCCUUCCUACUGCCUCUGUGGAAAUGGUUCCCUCUUUUUAAACCAUGUCCUUGCGGGGGGGGGGGGUUAGAAAUAAAAUCCCACAUCCUCUUACCCACUAGGUGAUCGCCGAGAAGAAUUGGCAAGAAGGAAAGAGCUUGCAGAGUGGAAGUGACUCUCUGAGGUCUUUAAGGGUUCCUGUUCUGGACGCUUGCUGAGCUCCUUGAAACUUCAGGAUGAGAGUCGAGGGACGAGGUGGCGUCUUAGUUGACCAGCUCGAAAAAUUAAAAUGGUCAAAAAGAACAACGAAGUCAGAAACCAGGCGAUUCAUAAAAGCAGUUAACCUGAAAACCCGAGACUUGGGAACAAACGUAACCCCACCACUUAGGAGUAAAAGAGAAAGAGGGAAAGAAUCAGGAGCUUUUUGGGUGGAAAUUGUAAACUGAUUGUAACGUUAAUACUCCUCGUAAAAAGACAACUGACGUUGUGUGCAGAGAGAAAGCAGCUUGCUUUCCGUGGAGGCGCUUAUCUUUAGAAAUCAUUCUUUCCCACCGACAUUGCUUUGCACAAGGAACAGUCGGUUACUGCCAGUUCGGACUGGUUCUAGCGAACCAGUAGUUCCGACCAUCAGCUGGCCCUGCCCUAUCCUGUCCUAUAUUUCCAUCUUUCUCAGCUCAGCUGAUUUGCGCGGCACAACAGAUUCCCGCGCCUCAGCUGUUCUACUUACCGGGGCUGACCUAGAAGGUAAGCGAAGUGUGCGCUCACAGAACCGGUUGUUCAACCAGUUGCAGCCCACUACUGACAAGGAAAGCUGAGAUCUUAGGAUAUUACCAGGCCCUUGGAGAAGAUUUUGCUUCCUCUCGGGUGCCUUCCUAGUCUUGCCAGAAAUUCUUCUUUUAAAAGUCCUGCAAAUCUCAAAAGCCAAUGUGAGAACCUCAUCAGAAUUACUUCCAAGCAAGCAAUUUGGCUUUGAAUUAACCAAAUUGACUCAGUUUAGAGCGAAAGCAUAGCGAGGGAACGGAGAAGGAUGAACUGGAGUGCGAUGGCUUUCAUUGUUCUUAAGAAAGUUGAGAUAGACUUUCUUGCAUGGAGGCCCCCAAGAUAAUUUUGUUGUCAGAUUCUUGCAGUUCAACUUUGCUGUCCAUCCGAGUUUUCGGAUUUUACGUGCGGUGAUUUAUUUUUUGCAGAACAAAAGGCAUUUGUUCAACAGAAUGCAGAAUAACAGAGUUGGAAACCUUGCAACUCUUGUUAUUCCGUUUCAACAUUUGGACUUUUUUUUUUUUUUUUGAGCCUUCUGGAAAUUCAGUCAAGGAGUUAUUGGCUGAACUUUAUUUUUUAUCUUGCAUUUUAUUGUAUCGAACACAAAACUAUGGAAAAUGAAAGGGCAGAGACAUGCCUACCUAUGAUUCAUAGUUCUUCUUGGAUCAAAGCUAACUUCGAUAUUUCAGAAUGCUUUUCCGUUCCAGUUCAAAUAUAGAGAGAGUGUUGCCUUAAAGUAAUUAACCUCCCCAUCUUUUAUAAAGAUCAGCUGCUGCUACGAACAGGAAGGAUGAAAGCCCAAGCUCCGCCCCUUUGGCCUGGAGAAAAGAGCAGGGCUUGCAUCCCAGUGCUUAUCCCACUUGCCAGCUACUGUUAUGGCCUGUCGGCUCCCAGCCCCUCCAGCAGCCAAAUCAGAGGAGGAGUCGGUGUGGGAGUCAGGGUCAAUAUCAAGGCAACCAGAGAACUCCGAGGGGGAAGAGGGAAUAGAGCUGGCAGAGAGAGAAAGAGAGACAGAGGCGGAGCUUGGGCAAUCCAUCAGCCCUCGGAGAGUCAAUAUCCCCUAGGUCUGGAGGUGGCUGAUGAGGAAGAGAAGGAACAGCUGGGUCCAGAAGGCAGAGGA